AUGAGUCCCAAAACCCCCGUUGUUGGCCUCCUCGGCGGAGGUCAAUUGGGUAGAAUGCUUUGCGAAGCCGGUGCUCCUCUCGACGCUCAGAUUGCCGUGCUCGACGUCGACAACUGCCCUGCCAAACAGAUCAACAGCAACCGUCACCACGUCACCGGCUCAUUCAAGGACCCUGCCAAGAUCAUGGAACUUGCUUCCAACUGCGAUGUUCUCACAGUCGAGAUUGAGCACAUUGAGACUGAGGUCCUCGAGGAAAUCGACACAAACGGCGUCCAAAUCCGCAACCCCGAUGGCACAACCACCACCAAGAAGGUCGCCAUUCACCCUUCUUGGAGAACCCUUCGCCUCGUCCAGAAUAAAUACGAGCAAAAGGAGUACCUGAGCAAACAGGGUAUUCCAAUUGCUGAACAAAUGGCCAUUGAAACCGGGGACGCCAUGCUCGCCUCCAUGGAAGAAGCUUCAAAGAAGUUCGGCUUCCCCUGGAUGCUAAAAGCCAGAAAGGAUUCCUACGAUGGUCGCGGCAAUUUCAAAAUUUCAAACAAGGCGGACAUCGAGCAGGCUGUCAAGGAAUUUGGUAACCUGUCGUGUUAUGCUGAGAAAUGGGUCCCCUUUGAACUGGAGCUUGCCACCAUGGUCAUACGAACAGAGGACGACAAUGGCAAACUGAAACGCGUUAUUCCCUAUCCCGUCGUCGAGACCGUUCACGAGGAUAAUAUCUGUUCUAAGGUCUUUAUGCCUCCCCGGAAUGUACCUGAGGAUGUCUGCAAGAAGGCGCAAAAGGUUGCAACGUCUGUGGUAGAGAAGCUCUGGGGUAGGGGAGUAUUUGCGGUUGAAAUGUUUCUGACCAAGGACGGGAGCAUUAUCUUCAACGAAUGUGCUCCUCGGCCGCACAACAGCGGACACGCUUCCAUUGAGUCCCAGUUCAAGGCACAGCUCACAGCGAUCCUCGAUGAGCCUCUCCCCGAAGUCUUGGAACCUCACGUCUCAUCCAGUAUCAUGAUCAACAUUCUCGGUGGCGCCAACCCCGAUUCCCACCUAGCUCUAGUGGAAAAGGCCAAGUCCAUGUACGGCAAGAAGACGGCAGUCUACGUUCACCUUUACGGCAAGGAGUCCAAGCCCAGUCGAAAGAUUGGUCACAUUACAGUCACCGGUUUUGGGUCAAUAGCUGAACUAGAAGAGUUUGCCCGGCCAUUACUGAAAAUGACUGAUGGCAUCCGUCUGGAUCGCCUUCAAGCGGCAAGCAAGGCUUUACGUCCCCAAGCUGCACCGGCCUCACAAACGCCAAAGGCUGCAAAGGGAAACCCCUUAGUUCUGGUCACGAUGGGAUCCGAUUCGGAUUUGCCAGUUCUCAAGGCUGGUAUCGAUAUUCUAAACCAAUUCGGCGUUCCAUGGGAGGUUGAUAUCACUUCCGCACAUCGAACACCAGCCAAGAUGGCCCAGGUAGCCAUUGAUGCAGCAGAUCGCGGUAUCAAAGUCAUCAUCGCGGCGGCUGGUGGCGCAGCUCAUUUGCCCGGCAUGUUGGCAGCGUAUACACCUCUCCCCGUCAUUGGCGUACCUGUCAAGGCAACACACCUAGAUGGAUUGGACUCUCUGCUUAGCAUUGUCCAGAUGCCCCGCGGUGUCCCCACUGCCACAGUGGCCAUCAACAACUCCACCAAUGCUGCGUUACUUGCCAUCCGUUUCCUCGGCGCCUUCAUCCCUGAUUUACUGGAGAAGAUGAAGAAGUAUCAGCUGGAGAUGGAACAGCAGGUCAAGGACAAGGCCACCACCCUGCGGGACAUUGAUGUGGACGCAUAUCUGGCAAAAAUGGGCAGUUUUAGUCUUCAUCGCGCAGAGGGCUACGUUCACUACUCGGAUGCGACUUGCCUUGAGCUGUUCUCCAGCGCCCUCGUGGGCCAGGAAACAUGCCCCAACAUACUAUCCACGUCGUUGGAGCGGAACACCCACAUAGACUGGGAAGAUGUCAUCGAUUUUGUUGACCCUUUUGGUGACCGUCGAGGUUGUGUGUUUGACAGCGUCUGGAUAUUCGACAUUGACAAAAAGGUGCUAUUCCUCAGAAAACGAUAUCAAUUCAGUUUUGUCUCCCUUGAACUUGCUCAGAGACGACUGCUCACUCUGGACGACUUUACCCUGCUUGACUUACCUAGCCCAGUACCAGCAGAGGAGGAGCUCUCAGGGCAGUACUGGGAGCCUAAAUUGGAUCCCCUUCCGCGGAUAAAGUCACUUGUUGGCAAAAUGCUUCGCGAUUUUGCCUACACUUGGCGCCAUGUACUCAGGAGACCAAUGAAAACUGCUACAUUUACGAAACUCGCAUAUGCCACCAUCUGGAUAUCAACAUUGGAUUUUACUUUGAUAGAGCGCAUUGGAUUCGAACAUGUCUCUAGUAGUCCUCGUGGGCCGUAUGUUGAUGUGGUUGACCUCCCAAGCUGGGAGACGCCUACGGCGACUCUCGUUCAAGUCGGAACAUCAUGGUUUGCUCUUGAACAAAACUUUCGAGAAGGUUUUGAGAUGGUACGGCGUCAUAUGGCCAGUCUUACAGAAAGUUCUACAACAAAUAUGAGAACAUAUGUCAUCCUGACUCUUCGGCAAGUUGUUCUCUGUAAGUUCCAAGGGAGUGAACUUACCUGGACAGGGCCCGAGACGCUCUUUGGAGACGAUUAUAAAUCCGAUACUGCUAUCGACAUGAUUCUCUGGGCGAUUAAUACGACCUCCACCGAGCCGGGACCCAGUGCAAUGAACUCUCUCCCUGUUGAGAUCCAAGACAGGAUUCUUUACUAUGCAACAACCAGCCCUAUUGCGUCGGCCAAAUUAGGCUGUGAGUUUGGUGUAGGAUCGCCCUUCACUUGGAAGGAAAGUGGUUUGCCGAUUACUCUCCAACCCAACAAAAGACACAGAACGCAAAGUUCACCAGUGGAAUCCCAGAUUUACUUCGGUGGAGUGAUGAGCGGCUUAUCUUAUAAGGGGGAGCGCAGAGCCCAAGUAGUAGCUCCCAUUCUACCUAUGCCCUAUCCUCUCGGGCCGCGUAGAUAA